ACAACAACAGGAGAAAGAGAAACAAUCAUUCAAAAGCAAAGGCUGAGAAGAGAAUAUCAAAAAGAAUUCCAAAGAGAAAGCGGUGUUUCCCUACAAAGUAGAAACUGAGAUGCAAACACAAAGGCUGCAGAAUUGGGAGCAGCAACAGGCAGAACAGAUGCAGCGGGUCAUCAAGAACAUCGAAAGGGCACCAAAGGAAGAGAAUAAGGAUGAUGAUGAUGACGAUGAUAUGUCAAGAUCAUCCAGUUUCACGACCUUUGGAGCAAAAGAAGAAGAGAUUGAGAGGAAGAAGAUGGAGGUGAGGGAGAAGGUUCAGGCACAAUGGGGUCGUGUCGAAGAAGAGACCAAACGAUUAGCAGAGAUUCGCCAAGAGCUUGAAGUAUUGGCGGAUGAUCCAAUGAGGAAGGAAGUUGCUCCAGUACGUAAAAAGAUUGAUGCAAUAAACCGAGAGCUGAAACCCUUGGGACAGAGCUGCCAAAAGAAGGAGAAAGAAUACAAAGAGGCACUUGAGGCUUUCAAUGAAAAGAACAGGGAGAAAACACAACUAAUUACAAAACUAAUGGAGCUGGUAAGCGAAAGUGAGAGACUGAGGAUGAAGAAGCUUGAGGAGCUGAGCAAAAAUAUUGAUUCCCUUCACUGAGAAAUGAUCAUGUUUAUUCUGGAUUAGGCUUGGGUUUCUUUGAUUUGACAUUUUGUAAUGUUAAUGUUUCUGUUUCUGUUUCUGUUUUUGUUUAUGUGAUCCAUUUGCUUUUGAUGAGGUGUUAUUUGUAACUAAUUAAGAACAUCCUAACUUAAUCCCAUUCCAAAAAUCGAAAGUUCAAACAAUUGGGACUUUUUUGGAGAUUGGAUGCAGUUCCUGAUUCAUGAUCUAGCAUGUACAGAAUGAAAACUUCUUUCUUGAUUCUACGAGAACUUUUAUGAAAAAAGCGUUUCAUUUGCCUCUCUUC